AUGGCACUCAAGUUAUCCAAGCCAGUCUUUGAGCAUCACUUCGAUGGCAUCGGAAUUGGUCAAUGCCAACCUCGAAUCACAUGGCAGUUCCUUGCGUCUGCACCUUCUGAUGUACCGCUCAACUGGUCACAAAAGGCAUAUGAUAUCGAAGUCACGUCUCAUCCUACACCAACUCGGCCGACUUUACAGACCACCACUUACCAUGUCGACAGUAAACAGUCUGUUUUGGUAGCAUGGCCCGCACCACCACUUCACUCUCGAGACAUAGCUACUGUGAGGGUUCGUGCAUACGGUGCAUCUGACUCGGAGCCAACAGAGUGGUCGCCAGCUGCCACUGUCGAAACUGGCUUGCUCUCUCCUAAUGACUGGACUGCGUCGUUUAUAACGCCCGCUUCUCAUCAUGGUCCAGAGGCGCCGCUUCAGCCUAUUCGCUUUCGAAAAGAGUUCUCCAUCCCCGAUCACCUCACCCAACAAGAGCCGCCUACCUGCCGGUUAUACAUAACAGCCCUGGGAGUCUACAACAUCUACAUCAAUGGUCGUCUCGCGAGCGACGAGUGUAUGGCUCCAGGCUGGACAAGUUAUCAGCAUCGCCUAGCAUAUCGAACCCUUGAUGUUGGACAAUAUCUUAACUUUGGGUCAGGCGCUCAGAACAUGAUCGCUGCGGAGGUCGGUGAGGGCUGGUUUGCUGGCACUCUAGGCUUCAGAGGGGGCACUCGCUUUAACUAUGGUGGUAAAGAGCUCUCGCUACUUGCCCAGCUUGAGAUCAGGCAUGAUCCCAAUGAACAACCAUGGAGACUUGUGACAGACGACAGUUGGGAGUGCACGCCGAGUCCUAUCACCAGCAGCGAGCUGUAUAACGGCGAAACCUACGAUCACCGUCUUGAGUGCGACAGCUGGAACAGAAUUUCCCCAGGAGGGUCUAAAGUCGGUUGUGAUUUUAUCCCAUAUGCUACAAAGGUAUUGGGCCGGAAGCCUACGAAGCGCUUGGUUGAAAGUGAGGUUCCUCCUGUUCGAGUCAAGCAAACAAUUAGACCAUCGCAGGUGUUCAAGUGUGUUACCGGAAAGACAAUCAUUGACUUCGGUCAGAACCUAGUAGGAAAACUCCGCAUCAAGUCCCUGGAGCUUCCUGCUGGCGCGACUCUGACAUUGAAGCAUGCCGAGGUCAUGGAGCAUGGUCAGCUUGGGUCUCGGCCUCUCAACCACGCCAAGUGCACAGAUACUAUCAUAUCGUCAGGCAAACCCCUAAGAGACUGGACUCCAAAGUUUACGUUCCACGGAUUCCGAUACGUCCAGGUCGAGGUAUUCGCCGUCAACUCACAGCCUCUUGACGCGGUACCUCUACUCCAUCUUGGUAUUGACGAUGAUAAUGUCGAAGCUCUCGUCAUGCAUAGCGAUAUGAAGAGGCGCGGCCAUUUCCGAUGCUCUAAUGGUUCAAUCAAUAAGCUUCAUGAGAACGUUGUCUGGUCAAUGAAUGGCAACUUCCUUUCCAUACCAACAGACUGCCCCCAGCGUGACGAAAGGCUUGGUUGGACCGGUGAUAUUCAGAUCUUCGCGCCAACAGCGUCCUUUCUAUAUGACACCACUGGCUUUCUCUCAGGGUGGCUUGAUGAACUCGCUGCUGAGCAGUUACUUGAGAAUGACCGAGAUGGAGUGCCGGGCUUAGUAUGUCCAGAUGUUCGUCUUCCUGGCUGGCCGAAACGAAUGCCCCAGGCGCUUUGGCACGACGCUACUGUUCUUGUGCCAUAUUCUCUGUAUAUAGCCAGUAGUGAUACGAAAUUGCUUGAGAAGCAGUUUGAAAGCAUGCGUGCUUGGCUGGAGCGGGGUGUUGAUAGAGAGGGAGGUGAUGGAUUAUGGAACCCAGAUCGAUGGCAGUUUGGUGACUGGCUCGACCCUACAGCGCCACCAGAUCAGCCAGGAUAUUCGAGAACUGACUCAGUAAUGGUGGCUGAUGCAUACCUAGUUCACGUUACAUCAGUGUUCGCCAAAGUCUGUCGACUGUUGAACAAGCUCGAUUUAGCUAACAAGUACGAUGCUGAGGUUCUUCAUCUGCGGUCGUUAUUUCAGGAUCGCUAUAUCACGCCUGCAGGCAACUUGAUGGCGAAUACUCAGACAGGUAUCGCCCUCGCGGUAUGCUUCUCACUGUACCGUGACUGUGGCAAGGAAUCUCGAGAAGUCACCGCUGCAGCCAAAGCUUUGUCCAGAUUAGUGCGAGCUGCUCAGUUCAAGAUUGGAACAGGGUUCGCAGGUACUCCGCUCAUCACCCACGCACUUACACAGACUGCGCAGCCCCAACUGGCAUACAGAAUGCUCUGUGAGAAGUCUUGCCCGAGCUGGAUGUUCCCUGUCACGAUGGGCGCAACAACAGUCUGGGAACGUUGGAAUAGCAUGUUACCCGAUGGAAGCAUCAACCCAGGGCGCAUGACCAGCUUCAAUCACUAUGCUUUGGGUGCCGUGGCGGACUGGCUACAUGGCACUGUUGGUGGUAUCUCACCUAUAGCUUCUUCGCCGGGCUGGAAGGUUUUCCGUGUGAAGCCGAUCCCAGGAGGAAAUCUGACUUGGGCUGAGACUAGCUUUGAUGGACCCUACGGUAGAAUCGAGUGCAAGUGGACGUGGGUGACAGACACUGGCUUGUUUAGGAUGUCCCUGCUCGUGCCGCCUAACUCAUCAGCUAUUGUCACCUUACCUUCCGAGCUGAGUGAUGACCCAUCCCAGUCUUACAAUGAUGAUCAGAUUGAGGGCAGCUCGGUUGGCUCGGGAUUGCACACUUUUGAGUGUCAUUAUACGGCUGGGGAAUGGCCACCGAAGCCUAUCUUGAUGCCCAACAUGCUCUGGCAGCCAGAGGAUGAGGACUUGGCCUGCUGA